UAGAAGGAUCUGUAAAAGACCAGAGUGCAUCGGUGGAAAGGAAACAGAUGCCUGCAGAGAGCUGGCGGCUACUAUUUCACAAACAAGCAGAAGCAACAAUCCAGCCACAAAAUAGUGAGCGCAUACUGUGUGAAGGAAAUAUUCCCUCAAACCCGGCCUCUGCCUGCAUGUGUGUGAUACCCUCAUGGAAGAGGCUCAAGAGAUAGAUUGGUGUGUUCUGUUACCUAAUGUUUGUUGUCCCAACGCAGACCCUAUUUCUUAAACAACACCCCAGGUUCAUGAGGAAGCUUGCCUAUGUGCACCCUGGUCCACAAUUCAAGUGGUCUCCCUGUGUGCUGAGUGACUUCAAACAGGCCAGGAUCAGCAGAGCUCAGUUCUGGGCCCUAGGGCCACCUUCUACCCUCUCUGCCCGCAACUGGCCAAAGCACAGCCCAUCACAGACCUCCUUUCACUUCUGAAGAGGGGAGAGCGAUGAUUAACAGCAACCACAACCGAGACAACCACAGAAACAGGACAAGCGGCUUCUCUGCACAGUGGACACCAUGUAAGAACAGCUCAUAACAGGUGCCACGUGGUGCCAUGCCAUCCCAUGGAAGAAACACACACACACUGGUCUUCUUUCUUAAGAAUUCAUGAAGGCAAGAGUCCCCUUCCCCUGCCUGAAACAGACCCAACAAGAGAUCACCACCACAGGCAGAAGUGGGAAAGUGGAGGGCCCUUCUAGGAGGGCCCCCAUAGCUAUGCCUCAUUCAGACUGGGGCCCAGCCUCAAAGAGCAGAGGGCACACGGCUACUGGAGCUGUUGAGCUUUCGCUGUUGGGAAUGGAACAGCAUGGGACACCAUCAUGGGCAGGUGUGAGUAGCUAGGGCUUGGAUGCAGAGAUGGACACCAGGCAGCGUCUCUUCAUCUUAGAGAUAAGGGCACUGCCCUACCCGCCUCUGACAGAUAAUGACAAAGUGCUUUGAACAGCUUCAAGCCCGCGACUUAAUGAGACAGGUGUGGCUGUAGCGCAGCCUUGCUCUUUGAAAGUUCUGAGAGUUGAUUUUUAUCAACUGAUGAAGUCUUCCCAGAGCCUCAGGCCUGAGUAAGGCAGGACACUAGGUGUGGGAUGCAGGACCCAGGAUGUUAGAUCAAGGACACAGGAUGUUGGAUACAGAGGAAGCCACACUCGAGACACCUGAACAGGGUGAAGCAGAGGAUAUAGACCAAGCCAACCUCCCCUGGUUUGCCCAAAGAUUUCCGCGGGUAAAGUAGGGAACCAAGGAGAGAAGUGUCACCAGAACAAGCUGGAGCCCAAGGAAGAAGGAGAAUGAGCUUUCUCCGAAGAUAAGCAAGAUAAACAAGGGUACCUUCCUGUAGCCUUCUAUCUCCGCACCCCACUCACCUCCAGCCCUCUCACGACGAGCCUGUGCCUAACACCUCUCCCAGCCAAAGGAAUCAAGAUUCUGUAAGACCUAAGUAACUCUCUUCCAGGGUUCUCUCUUCCAAAGGAGGGUUCUUAACACCGAAUUUGGGAUCUCAAGAAAAAGUUUGGUGAGGAUGGAGGGUGUUCCCCACAAGAAACCUCAGAGAGCCAGAAAUCCUGAGUCCACUGCAGGCAGGCCCUGUCUGCACUCACAGAUGCCCUGUGCCAGUCUGAUCAGAGCAGGUUCAAAAUUGCUUGUCUGAUAGAAAAGUCCUAGGGUGAAGGAGACGCUAGGGUCCAGUGUGCUACGGUCCGCGGCCGCGGGGGGCGCUGCGAGAACCGCUGUUAAAGCCCCGUCGCGGGCACGCGCGCUCAUAGGGAGGCCGGCCGCUGCCCGCGCCGGUGUCUCCGGUUGCCGGGCCAAGCCUCGCCCGACUGCCGGGCCCCGGAUCCAGGCUCCACAAGUCUCUCUCGGCGCGCGGUUCACGUGCCCCAGGCUCGAACCUCGGACGUGCGCCUGGGAGCUCAGCCGGAGGGUGGGUCCGGGUCCAGCGGCGACAUGGGGAAAUUUCAGUCCAAGCACGCCGCUGCAGCCUGCAAGAGGAGAGAGAGUCCCGAAGGGGACAGCUUCGUGGUGUCGGCGUACGCGAGCGGUCGCAAAGGAGCGGAAGAGACCGACCGGCGCGCGGGCAGCGGUGUGGAACAUCGCGCACGGGACAAGCAGGAGCUGCCCAAUGGAGACCCUAAGGAAGGGCCUUUCUGGGAAGACAAGGGUUCCCUAGAAGUUGUGCUGCCCCCUGAGAAGUCUGAGGGCCAUGAGGGCCAGCUCUUCAGCGUAGAUGAUGGGGAGAAGGCAGCAAACCGAGAGGGUCCACUAAGACUCAGCAAGAAGCACUUGAACAUCGACGCACUCCAGUGUGAUGUCUCAGUGGAAGAGGACAACCGUCAAGAGUGGACGUUCACGCUGUAUGACUUUGACAACAGUGGGAAAGUCACCAGAGAGGACAUGUCCAGCCUGAUGCACACCAUCUAUGAGGUCGUCGACGCCUCUGUCAAUCAUUCCUCGGGGAGCAGCAAGACCCUCCGAGUGAAGCUAACUGUCAGCCCUGAACCCUCCAGCAAGAAGGAAUGGCUUCCCCCUGGCCAAGAGCGGGAGCCCACUCGUGGCAGAACAGAGAGUGAGCUCCCAGAUGACCCACGAGUGGCCGACAGAAGGCUGUCUGCCUAUAGCAGGAAGCCCAACACAGAUCCCCAGCCCUGUCCUGUGCGAGUGCCCUACUGUGUGGAUGAGAACACAGAGCGAAGAAACCACUACCUAGACCUUGCUGGCAUUGAGAACUACACAUCUAAGUUUGGUCCUGGGUCACCACCUGAGCAGGCCAGGCAAGAACAUCAUGGCAGGGCCACACACAUUCCAAGCAGGUCCCGGUCUCAGGAGUCGGACGCCCAUGCUAUACACCACCGCAGGUCUCAGGUCCUGGCUGAGCAUAUUGUGCCAGCUAAUGAGCCUGCUCCUCGGGCCCUGGCUGCACAGCCCCGACUCAAGGGGCAGGAGAAGCAGUUCCUCAGGUCUCCCAAGGGUCCGGGAAAACCUCUUGGGGCACCAAGCGGCAGCAAGCCAGGGAAAUCGCUCAGCCAUUGCCUGCAGGCUGUGCCGCUGUCCCAGGGUGCUCAGGACGGCCACCACCUUCCUCAACCCCCACCGCAGCCUCCGCCACAGCCCUAUGGUCACAAGCGGUACCGGCAGAAAAGCAGAGAAGGCCACUCACCACUUAAGGGGCACGGCCAGCCUACCAUGGUGGAGCAUGAAGUGGUCCGGGACCUUCCUCCCAUGCUGGGGCCUGAGGGCUACGUGGUGCCUAUGAUCCAGAGGCAUGAACACCACCAUCACCAUGAACACCACCACCAUCACCACCACCACCACUUCCACCCAAACGCCUCCUAGCGCCCAAACAAGCACUCCGCCCAAAUGCCCUUGGGGACAUAGACCAGAUGCUGGCAGGUGCCCGGUAGUCUAGCGUCCCCUGGCCCCAGGGAGAUGACACCAGCCUGGAUAUUCGUGGACAAAGCUACCUUUCUCCAUGCCGUUUGGAUGCCAGUGCAUUUGAUGCAGCUGAUGAUUACAGUAAAAUGUGCUCCCGUGUGGUCCAGAAAGCCCAUACGAGUACACAAAAGCAUGUGCUCCCACUUUUACUGCAGUGUCGCCGUGGGACGUUGGAAGGGCUGUGCCUAGGCAUUCUUUGUAUCCGCAUGGUCCUUUGACCUUUGGGUGCCUAAAUGGAAAAGGCAAUGCUUUUUGUGAAGUUCAGACAUUGGAAAGUCUGAGGGCUGGGAUUGGGAAGUGCUUCUUAAGUGUACCCUGUUAAACGAGGCAGAACAAAGAAGCCAGAUUAUCAGCAACCGUGGAGGGGGCGUGGCUGAGCAGAGGGGCGUGGCUGAGCAGAGGGGCGUGGCUGAGCAGAGGGGCGUGGCUGAGCAGAGGGGCGUGGCUGAGCAGAGGGGCGUGGCUGAGCAGAGGGGCGUGGCUGAGCAGAGGGGCAGGGUGGUGAUGUCCAGUGGCAGCGUGAGGCUUGGUGUCCAGAGCUCCUAGCAUCCUAGGUAGAUGUGGAUAAGACCCAGACAGGUUGGGGUGGGUGGAUCAGGUACUAUGCUGGAGGUCCCCAAACAGGCUGUGCAUAGCUAAGUGACACUUAGAUGUCCCUCCAUAAAGGCUGCAAGGGUGUGGAGACUUCGACAAGCCAUGAUCCUUGUGGUCCCACCAGCAGGCUACAGCGAGGGGACCUCUUUGCCUUGUGAGUUUGUGCAGGUGGCAUUACGCCUUCCUGACAUAAUAAAAGAUGGCGCGUUCUGUAACAUGGCAUAUCCUUGUAUUAAAACACUUUCUGAGCGCUGCGGUCAGUCUACCGACACACCGCAGCUACAGGUGAAGGUGGCAGGUCCUUGUGGAGGGUAAGUGCUGUAGGACCAUUUUGACUUAUGCUGGUCACGCACAUGACUCCAUAGUAAUACUACUCACUAAGCGAUUCUCAGACUAAGAAAAAUCAGCACUCUAAACCCGGAGCUCAGCUCAUGUUAACAAGGAACACCAAGCCCCACGUGGACUCCGUGGGCUACAGCUUAUGCAGGCUGUUGGGAAGCAACACAACCUUGUGCUUAUCCCCUCUCCCUAAAACCCUGUGCCUAUUCUAAGGAGUUACUGAAGAUCUGAGUGUGAUGGUUCUUGGGACCUGGCUGCACAUGUGUAGGGAGACCUGGGGAUCAACCCCCUGUAGGCUGUUGCUAGUCACUUCAGCUAGAGAUGCUCAUGAAAACCAAAACGUGCCACCCUUUCCUACAUGACUAAAGCGCUCACAUCAUGGACGUCGAGAUGGCACAUUCAUAAGGUCCCACCACCCACGCCACAGCAGAGGGACUGCACAGGAGGUCAGCGUGGACUCCCAGUUUGCUUCUCAAUGUGCAGCAUUCUUACACUGGGUUUGUAAGACGUCCUUUCAGGAAGAGAUGAUGAUGAUAAGAGCACUGGUUGCUCUUCUGAGGACCUGGGCUCAAUUUCCAGCGCCCCACGUGGCAGUUCACGCCUGUCUGUAACCCCAGCUCCAGGGCUUCGGGCACCCUCACACAGACAUCCAUGUGGAUAAAACACCUAUGAACAUAAGCUAAAAAAUAAAAUAAAAAAGCCAGCGAUGUCACAUAGGAUAUCCCCAAUGACAUGGUUCAGCUGAGCACCGUGGGAAGCGGUGAGAUUCAGCCAAGUCUGAGCCCUGGCUUCACAUUUUAAAAACUCAGGGCAGGCGGUAACCCUAACGCGCUUGUGGCAGGGGCCGAGCAUCUGCCGCUGUGUGAGUGUUAAGCAGAGGACUGUGCAACACUCCAGACAGCAGGAUCCUCCAUGCCGCGUGUCAGACCUAAAGAGAUGGGAAACAAACGCCCGGACCAUUUAGUUGGGUGUGGCAGUGAAUGCUUGCGGGAGCCUACAGCAAGAGCUACAAUUCAGGAUCAGGCUGGGCUGUCUAGUGACACUGCCUCGCCUGCCCCACACUGCUGGUGCUCUCCAGCAUUUAGCCACUCUAGACAUGGUCACCAGUGUCUGCACAUGUCGUUUAGAAGAGUGGAUCUGCUGAGGUGCAGAAACUUGGGUUGAUUUAGAGACUCCAGGACUAAAAGUAAAGAGGUAAAACAGCCAUGUUGCAAGUGGAACGAGAGGUAAGAAAGCCAGGGGUGGGGAUGCCUUGCCCACCCUGUGCUGUGCGCCAGGACGGUGUCUCCAUGGCAGUUGGUAGCACCUGGCAACAGGAGAGGGUGGCCAUUGUGGGGAAAACAACCAACCUUGGCCGUGUAUGUGGAGGUUGUGGCUACUGUGUGUUCCUAGAACUGAACAGCCUGAUCUACGUACAUCCCCAAAUAAAAACCGCCAAGGGAACAAA